CCUUCGCCACGCAGUUCCGCCAGCUCUUCUUCAGCUACGCCGCCAUGGUCGGCGUAGGUGUUGGUAUGACGCGAGACUGCUCCACGCUGAUGGUGGCGCAGUACUUCAAGAAGAGACGGGAGUUCGUGGAGAUCUUCAUCGUGUCGGGCAGCGGCUUGGGGAUCGCCGUCAUGUCGGUGUUCAUCAAAGGAUCCAUCAGCGCCAUCGGCUGGCGGCUGGGGCUGCAGGCGGUGACGGGCUCGGUGUUCCUCACCUUCAUCCUGGGCACCUUCUACCGCUCGGCGUCGCUGUACCACCCGCAGCGGCGCGCCAUCCUGCACCUCAAGAACCAGAAGCGCAAGAUCAAGGACAAGAACAAGGUGGACGACGGCCCGCCCUUCUUCGACUUCACCACGCUGCGCAGCAAGACGGUGCGCAUCCUGCUGGCGUCCACGGCGCUCACGUCGUUCGGCGUGCUCACGCCCGUCUUCUACCUGGCGCACCAGGUGGAGCAGGAGGGCCUGGGCGAGCUGGCGGUGCCGCUGCAGGUGUACCUGGGGCUGGCGUGGACCCUGGGCUGCGCCGCCUUCGGCCUGGUCGUGGUGCGCAACUCGGCCGAGUGCCGCAUCGCGCGCCAGUACCUGUGCCAGGCGGCGGCGCUCAUGUGCGCGCUGGCCACGGCGGGGCUGACGGCCGUGUCGGCCAACCGCCACGGCUACCUGCUGUUCGCGUGGAUCUACGGCGUCUUCUGCGGCGGCUACCACUACGCCCUCAAGACCUACACGUACGAGCGGGUGCGCGCGCGCAACUUCGCGUGGACGUGGAGCUUCGUGCAGUGCUCCCAGGCGGUGCCCAUCGCGCUGGGGGUCCCCAUAUCAGGCUACAUCACGGAGGAGUGCGGCGACAAGGCGGGCUACCUGUUCAGCGCGACCUGCGCCGCGGUUGGGGCUCUCGCAUUGUUCCUGGUGGACGCGCACCGCCGCAGCCUGUCGCGCCACAAGCACGCGCGCGCCAACGGCACCUCGCAGCCGUGCGACAACCGCGCCUGCUCGCAGCGGCGCAAGCUGUCCUUCAGCGGCGAGCCCGACCACGAGCCGCCCGGGGUCACGGGUCCUCCGGUGCUGACCCUGGGAGCGCUCGACGCCUCCGCCGAUGAGGACCACCACAUCCACCACCAUCACCAGCAGCUGCAGCAGCCCGCAAUCCCCGGGGACAAGCCCGAGCUGACCUGCAUCAGCGAGGAGGGCAUCGCCGACAUGGACCUGCCCGACAACCUGCUCGAGGACCUCGACUACAUCGGCGACUGCAUCACCUCGUGCAACAAGGUGGAGAACUACCUCAUGCUCAGCGAGUACGAGAACAACCUCAUCGCGGAGAUGCCCGUGCUGAUGGACCGCAAGGGUCGACGCUGGUCGCUCGCCAGGCACGGGGGCGGCGCCCGCGGAGCGGAGAACGGCGAGGCGUCCGGCGGCGGCGAGGACAGCCCCCAGCACGAGGCGGCGCUGGACGACGCCGCCUCCCCGGCGGCGGCGUGGCGGGGGCGGCCCAGCCUCAAGUGGCGGCUGAUGGGCGCCAAGCGCGUCAUCACAGUCAUCGACGAGGACUCCACGUGAUCCCCCCCCUCCCCCAACCACAUCCUCUACCCUCCACCCGAGACCAGCCGCGCGACUGUGCGAUAUCGGUUCGCGACCGAGAUCCUACUGUUCAUUUCCCCCGAUGAGAUUCCUCAACGUAUCCGAUACCUGUUGGUAGUGUAUUUAACCACAGAAUGAUAAUCCCACACAAAAUGUGACCAGAAAUUUGUGAACACUCUUAUGAAUUCAUUUGGGUUGUGUUAAAAAAAAAAAAUUAGUUUAUAAUUGUUAGUGACUUUUGAUUCGCGUCUGAAAUCUUACUGUUGAUUUCCCCCGAUGAAAUUCAUCAACGUAUCCGAUACCUGUUGGUAGUGUAUUUAACCACAGAAUGAUAAUCCCACACAAAAUGUGACCAGAAAUUUGUGAACACUCUUAUGAAUUCAUUUGGGUUGUGUUAAAAAAAAAAAUUAGUUUAUAAUUGUUAGUGACUUUUGAUUCGCGUCUGAAAUCUUACUGUUGAUUUCCCCCGAUGAAAUUCAUCAACGUAUCCGAUACCUGUUGGUAGUGUGUUAACCACAGAAUGAUAAUCCCACACAAAAUCUGACCAGAAAUUUCAGAACACACGUAUAAAUUAAUUUGGGUUAUUUAAAGUAAGUUCUAGUUCAUAAUUGCUAGUGACUUUUGGUUCACGACUGAAAUCUUACUGUUGAUUUCGCCCAGUGAAAUUUCUCAACGUAUCCGGUACCUGUUGUUAGUGUAUUAAUCACAAAACAAUUAUUCCACACAAUAUCUGACCAGAAAUUUGUGAACACACGUAUGAAUCAAUUUGGGUCAUGUAAAAAAAAUUCAGUUUAUAAUUUGCUAGUGACCUUUUUUUAUGAGUAAUAUACAGUCUCGCCGAUUUCUUGUAAACAAUAUUAUUGAUGAUCAUGAACAGUCCUCUAGUCCCGCCAAAACUUGCAUUCUACUCUACUCUCAUUGGCUGUUUGGCGCCAUGCGUUCGUAACAGAUAUGAAAUAUAUUAAUUUCCCUCCCAUACACACGACCAUACUAUUGUGCUGUUGUGAAUCAGUAGGUUCGAAAGAUGGCGGUCAAAUCUUGUGCACAAGACCUCCUGUUAUUUUUUUUUUUUCAAUUUGCACCCAGCUUUAUCCUACUUCUCUAACGUCUUCUCCUUCUCAUUCUAAAUCUUCCCCUUCUCUGGACACCACAAACCCUUAGCCUGAAUCACAGAUUCAGCUGGUUGAAGUGAUAGCGUCCGAAUGUUUCGUUGUUGACCUAGCGUCUCUGCUUAGGUCUUAGUCUCACACGCAAUGUUGGUUGAUUCACUUACUAGUCAUUACUAUUAUUUUAAAAGGCUUUUUUCCGUAGAUUCAUCACAAUAACUCCCUGGCAUUUUGCGUUGGCCUCAAACUGAAACAGGAGAAAAUAAAUCAAGUGUAGCCAUACCAAUCUACAUCUAACAUACCCUGGGAAGAAUAUUCUGCACCUCCUGCCCUCGCUACACUGAAAAUUACACGUCAAUUUGGAGGAGAUUUAAUUUUAGGUCCAACCGUAGUCAACAUGAGCAUGGCUGUGUGUUGUUAGAUUUCGGCAAGGGGAGAGCCCAUUGCUGUUGUACCGAAACGAACCGCUGAGCACUGAAGUGAGUAUCCAUCAGUCCAGUCCCUGCAGAAGUCCCUGCAGAAGAUGCGAAUUGAGAAUAGGCAAUGAGUUAGAUAAAAGUGCUGGGUAAAGAGGACAAGACAUGGAAGGGAAUGCUAUAGUGUAGCCCAACAAGUCAUUUACUGAUAUUCUCGUUCAACACAAAUAUCCCUUGGAAAGUAGAAUUUCGGAUGUAUGCACGUGUACGUAAUUGUGAUCACUUGCAUCACCUUUUUUACUGCUCGGAAAUAACAUUUAAUAAGUAUGUAGCGAGAAAAUUUGAGACUCAACAACGAAUGCAAGAGAAUUAUCGGAAUAAAUUUACAUGGAAAUCGUUUUAUUGAUAUUAAUGACGAAAAAACUAAAUAAACAACAUGGCUGUGAGACCUAAUCUUGAGGUCUCUGUAUAUCAGCUAACACAAAAAACAAAUGGAUCCAGGGGGAGGAAGGAGAAUUUACAUCUAAUAAAAUUUUGUUUUGUGGGAGAGACUGAAAAAAAAGUAACUUUUGACUAUGGUUACACAUAUUACAAAACUAACUGCUGCUUAAUGUGAUGAUUUUAAGAAAGGCCACUAUAUAAUUUGUGCUUUCAUAAAAACAUGUAAAAUUAAGUUAUUGAGACGUAAAUAAAAUCGAUAUUAUGGAGACCGUUCCUCCUAGCUCGAAUUUCUGGAAGUCAUCUCUGUUCAUAGUUUAAAAUUUUUUAAAUUGAAACCUUGGACAGUUCAUUUAAUAUUUUAACGUUUACUGACAAAUAAAACAUUUAGAAGAAAUUUUAAAUUGCUCAGUUUGUCUGGCGUGUACUAUUAGUAUGCUUCACUGUAAAAUCAGUGAUGAACACUGGAAAUUGCUGAAAAUAUCGUGAUCUUCAAUGAACGAUUUAAAUUUUAAGAUUUAAGUCAAAUGGAUUCAACCAGGGCGAGAAAAACCCAUGAUUUACUACAAGGAUACUGCAUGAAGUUGAUUUUUGGUCGCAUGACCUGUGUUAUGUUUGUGGGACAUCCUAAACAUUGGUGUGGUAUUCGCGUUUAAGAAACAUUUUUAAAGAAUUUUAUUUUAAGGCGGUAACAGUUUUUAAUGGUGGAAUUCUAAUCUUUACCUAUUAACAGUCAUAAAGCAUGUUCAAGUCCGAUUUCUGCAAUGUUUUGGGUUUUGCAAUAUGGCGAUGAUGUGGUAUACUGAAUUAAACUACGUCACAGCUUUUAAUUUCAUGAUGAACACCAGCUCCGUGAUUUUAAAUCAAAAUUUUCUAUACCGGAACAAUUCUCACUAUUUCAAAAAAGGAAUGCACGAGAAUAUGUUUGUUUUCUUGUACAAAACCAUAUCUAUGUUUUCAUCCCAACCAACUACUGCCCCUGACUAUCUAAGCUAGUGCAGGUGACUUCCAAAAGUGGAAUAGUGUUGCCCACAGCUGUGUGUUCCAUUUCGGAAUGGAUUCACGACAGCCAUUUCUGUCAGCAGCAGAACACUGCACGAAAAUCCUGCACGAAAAUCACACCUGUUGUCAGGAAUAGUGUCGUGUUUUAAAACUUUGUUAUUUAGCAAUAUUUCGAUUCGGAAUAAACUUAUGAGAAUCUGUUCCUGUUCACACCAUAGCCUUUUAUAGAUGUUAAAUUGUAACAACUUAUUGUCUUGGAAAAAAAUACUAAGAACGAUUUCUAAGUGUCCAGAUUAGCUUUAAUGUGUUUUAAAGAAUGGGGUAAAACUUCAGUAAGUGACAUAAAAUAGAAUUAUAGUCUCACUUUCAAAAAGUUGCAGCAGGAGAAAUCUUGUGAGUGUUAAAUGCAGAGGAGUAAGUUAUGUGAAAACAAAACUAAAGUAGUUCUGCAUUACAAAAAUAAGAUUUUGUUUAUUAAAUAGUUUUGGUUUUUCUCACAAAAAUUGUUAAGACAAAACUAACAACAGUUUUACAGUUUUUCGAGUCGACAUAAUUAAUUGUGAUACACCAGCUACCAAAACCCGCAUUCUUAACUUUGAGUUGAAACAGAAGUACCUACUUCUAGAAUAAAAUAUACACGCAUUCUACUCUAAAAUAGACGUUUAUGACAUUUUAAAUGUUUUGGGAUUUUAAAAUACUCUAACAAAAAUUAUACCAGCUGUUGCAUUAGGCAUUUUAUAUAAUUUUUAAAAAUUUCAGAGGGUUAUAGCCCAGGCCUGUACAACUAAAUUGGCCUUCUCCCGUUCUGAUUACUAAAAUAGUUUUUAUUUGAUUCUUUCAAACAUCAAGUAAAACGUCUUAAUACAGUAUAAGUAUUAUCUGAUUAGAAACAUAAAAUUUAAAAUAAUUUAUAUAUCUUUAACAGAGAAAACCUUCAUAUUAUUUUUCCCAGAUCAUAAUUAAUUUAAUAAUAAAAAACAUACUUUGAAACCAUACUAUAUUAUACGUGUGGAAUUUGGGCAUAUUUAUUUUGUAUUUAAACUCAAGUCAGCAUUAUUCAUCUCCGGAUAUGAAGAAAACUUUCGUUGUUGCGCAAGAUAAGCCAGAAUAUUUUACCCAAUACACACAAUACUCUUUGUUUCAUGAACUUGUUCAUGUCUUGCAGACUGAUUUGUAUUUCUGGUAUGGUUAGUAAGCCUUCAAACAUAACUAUUUUUAGGCCUGUCAGAUUUGUGAAGCGUGAAAAAUAGCUGACAGUUAUUUUCUUGUUCCCACGUCAAAAAUUUAUUUCAUAUGGUCUUAGAAAUACAAUCAUGAAGUUGUUCCAAACAUAUGCAAAUAUUACUAGAGUCUACGUCAUGUUAAAUUUCACUGUAAGUAUUUGUAUUUUAGAAUUUUUUUUACAAAAUAAAAUUUUUGAUCAUCAAAAUAAGUAAAAUCUGGGCUACAUCUGUAUCAGCAUGCAUACAACACACACACACACAUACGGAAGUUGAAAGUACACAAACAGAUAGCAGCUGCUACAUUGGAAAAUAGCACACGAACAGAAAAAUAGCAGGAAAUCAUCGAACAACUAUCAUUUCUCCGUGUUGUGCGCUGAAUUUCCGUGCGCGACCAAUCAGCAUACAAAACAUCAUAGAUAAACGCUACGCUCAGUGGCAUAGAGUAGCUAGUGAUUUUUUUAUAUGUACAUUUCAAAGAUAACAAGUGAAACUAAUUUGAACGUGUUACGGUAUUUAUUUUCAAGGCAAAUCUUUGUAGUUUCUAAUCAUUUAUAGUCGUUCAAAAAAUUGCUAAAUAAAAUACUUGGGCUUAGGUAAAUAAUAUUAGAUGAAAACAUUCCAAAAUUUGAAAAAGAAAAUAUACCAAAAAAAAGAGGGGAAAAAAGUCAGAAUUUUUUUAACCGUUAUGUUGUGUGCGAAUGUAUCUUAGAAUUAUGUGCUGAGCGUAUGCAACUGUGGUAUUUUCAUGCUGAUUGUGUACUGUCACGAAUUUAGCCUAGGCUUAAAUUUAAGAGAUAAUUUGUUUUCAGAAACUUUGUAUUUAUUUCUGUGUAUACAAAUAAUCUCUUAACAUUUUUUGGCGUACAAUAUUUUUUUUUCUUUGAUGUGAGUUGUUUUUCAAAGUGUAAACAAUUUUUUUUUAUUUACAUUACUACUGUGCAAUGCAUCCUUACCAUAACAGUUACUAUGACUCAUUUCAUUAAAGACCUAGUACCAAACAAUAUACGGGAGUGAAUGUUAAAUUAUAUAAUUAAAUGGUUUUAUUCAAAUAACCUGUAUAAAAACAAAAAAAAGACUAUUUCUGGGUUACACAUAUUCUAAUUGUUUCCUGUAACACUAAUUUGUGAAAUGUGCUAUGUGCGACUUACUUCAGAUUUAGACUUGAACUUUAAAAAAGUUGUGAAAUGUUUCAUAUACAAUAUGAAGAAGUUCUUUUUUAACACUUCUUGUUUUAUAUUGAUAUGCGAGAGGUUGUGAAUUGAAAAUCAAAUGCCUAGUUGUAGACAGAUUUUACGUGUGGUAGUUCUCCAGCAAAUGUCUGAGGAAAAGGAAGAACUCAGCUACACACAAUGCAUGGUUGUAACUGUCGCAUACAAAUUUUUUGAACUGUUUUCUACAGCUUUGUAGAACAGGCUACUGUUCCAACAUCUAGUCAAACCCAUGUCAGAGCAAAAUGUUGCUUAGUGAAUUAUGUGUCUAAUAAACAGGUCUGCCAUUUGUUGAUAUAAUAUAUUAAAUAUAGUUUUAAUGAUGUACUGUUGUGAGUUAUUUUGCCUGUGUACUAAAUGUUUAUAAGUAAAAUAUAUUUUUAAGAAAA